AUGUCUUCUACACGAAGAGCACUUCAUUAUGUCUUAAAAAUAGGAAAUCGUUUCAAAAACAUCGAUUUCUUUACCGAUAUCUUAAAAAUGAAGGUGUUAAGACAUGAAGAGUUUACAGACGGUUGUAAGGCUUCAUGCAAUGGUCCAUAUGAUGGCAAAUGGUCGAAGACAAUGAUCGGCUUUGGACCUGAAGACAAUCACUUUGUCUUAGAAUUGACUUAUAAUUAUGGUAUUAGUGAUUAUAAGUUAGGAAAUGAUUUGAAUGCCAUCACCAUUGAGUCCAAUAGUCUAAUCGAUAAUAUAAAAUCUAAAAAAUAUGAAUUCACUGAAGACAAUGAAAUUAUUAGUAUUUUAUCACCCGAUGGAUAUAAAUUCUUGGUGAUGGCUACCAGCGAUGAUACCAGCGAUAGGAUAACGAGUGUCUCACUGUCGAGUUCGUCGUUGAGUCGAUCGGUCGACUAUUGGCACAAUUUGUUAAAUAUGAAGAAGUAUGAAGUGACCGAUCAAACAGCUCUUCUUAGUUUCAAUGAUAGCGAAUGUAAAUUAGAGUUAAUUGAUAUCAAGCAAGAAGUGAAUCAUGAAAAGGCUUUCGGAAGAAUCGCUUUCAGUUGUUCUGAAGAGCAGUUGCCUGACAUAGAAUCACGAAUGAAAUCCGAAAACCAAACAAUUUUGACUCCUUUAGUCAGUUUAGAUACACCCGGAAAAGCAACUGUUCAAGUGGUCAUUCUGGCCGAUCCCGAUGGACAUGAGAUCUGUUUUGUUGGCAAUGACUGA